UAUAUGUGCUUUGUUCACAAAUUUUAGCUUAGUGUAAAAAUGAAGCUCAAUGUUGAUCAAGUAAUGUCCAAGGAGAUUAUCAAGCCAUCAAGCCCGACCUCUGAUCAAUUUCGUUGUUACCGACUCUCGUUUCUUGAUCAGAUAUCGCCUCCGGUUUAUAAUCCUCUCAUUCUAUUCUAUCGGUUGACUAUCACCGAAGGCAAUAUCAAAACCGAUGACAAAAUCAAGAUCAUCGACUACCUUAAACAAUCCUUGUCCGAUGUUUUAACCUAUUUCUAUCCACUUGCUGGUCGGAUUAAAGAUAACAUGUUCGUAAACUGUAACGACGAAGGCGUACCUUUCGGGGAAACUCGAGUUCAAUGUAAAAUUUCGGAUGUUUUAGACAAUCCCGUGCCGGAUGAACUCAACAAGUUGCUUCCUUUUGUGCUCGAUGAUGGCGAUGAAGUUCCCUUUGGGGUUCAAUUCAAUGUGUUCAGUUGCGGAGGGUUCGCUAUUGGAGUUUGUAUUUCUCAUAAACUCGCGGACGCAUUGUCCUUUUUCACAUUUUUGAAAACUUGGGCCACUGUUUGUCGUGGAGAUCCUCCGAGUUCAAUAGCAUUUCCCGAAUUCGUAUCAGCUGAACUCUUCCCCCCAAAGACAACACUAGGGUUCGAACCAAGAAGCGGCAUAUCGACUGAAAAAAUUGUGACGAAAAGAUUUGCUUUUACCGCCUUGAAAAUACAAGAAAUCAAAGCAAACAUCGGAGACACGACGUACCCUUCGCGCAUCGCAGCUUUAUCAGCUUUCAUAUGGACUCGUUUUAUUGCUACAACACAAGCAAAUGCCACACAUGAAGGCGAAGACAACCGCUUCUAUGCCAUUGUCCAUGCAGUGAACUUACGUAAACGAUUCGACCCGCCACUACCGGACCAUAGUUUCGGGAACUUGUACCGGAUCGCAAUGACGAUCCCGACCAAGAAUUCCCAACAAGAUUGCCGCAACCUCGUCAACCAAAUUGGAGAAUCGAUACGGAAAAUUGACGCUGAGUACAUAAAACAACUCCGAGAUGGGUUAGGGCGACACUUAGAAUUUAUGAGGGAGAGCAUAGAAAGCUUCAUGAAAGGCGAGAUGAUCACGUUCAACGUUACGAGUUUAUGUAAUUUCCCAGUUUACGAAGCCGAUUUCGGGUGGGGAAAACCGGUUUGGGUCGGUUCGGCCGGCUUGACUUUUAAGAACCUAGUUGUUUUCAUGGAUCCUAUAAAUGGAGAUGGGAUCGAAGCUUGGAUUAGCUUAAAAGAAGAAGAAAUGGGUACAUUUGAAAACGAUGAAAUAAUGCGGGCAUUUGUUGUUUCGUAAUUUUCCAUAGAAUUUAGGUUUUAUUGUAAAAUGGUCUCUAAACUAUAUAUUAAUUUUCAGAUUG